UGGGAUUACACGUGGUUUCCCUUUGCUGUAGCCUUCAGCCCCCAGCAGCUCCGCCCAACCGCCCCCUUGAUUGACACGCCGGCCAGGCGGAAACUGCGGCGCAGGCGCACUGAGCCCGUAGAGCUCCCCUCUGGUCCGGUCGAGGAGUUCCCGGCAGACACCGCGCCGCGGCUGCGCAGAAGCGGGGAGGCUUUUAAUUCCAUUGUGGAGAGGACGGCGUUAUUUUUAUUAACUGGAGGCGACGGCGGCUGCGGCGGUGGCGGAACCCCCAGGCCUCCUCCGGGGUAUGAAAAUCGGCAGCGGGUUCCUCAGCGGCGGCGGCGGUCCCGGCAGUAGCGGUGGUAGCGGCUCCGGCGGCAGCUCCGGCGGCGGCGGCGGCAGGAGAGCAGAGAUGGAGCACACCUUUCCCCAGGGUAUGGUUAUGUUCAACCACCGGCUCCCCCCGGUCACCAGCUUCACCCGGCCGGCGGGGACGGCCGCCCCUCCCCCGCAGUGCGUGUUAUCCUCCUCUACCUCCGCAGCCCCGGCCGCAGAGCCCCCCCCUCCGCCAGCCCCGGACAUGACUUUCAAGAAGGAGCCGGCGGCGUCAGCCGCGGCCUUCCCUUCGCAGAGGACCUCCUGGGGAUUCUUGCAGUCCUUGGUGAGCAUCAAACAGGAGAAACCCGCGGACCCCGAGGAGCAGCAGUCCCACCACCACCACCACCACCACUAUGGGGGGCUGUUCGCUGGGGCCGAAGAGAGAUCACCGGGCCUAGGAGGCGGGGAAGGGGGGAGCCACGGCGUCAUCCAAGACCUCAGUAUUCUCCACCAGCAUGUCCAGCAGCAACCAGCCCAGCACCACCGUGAUGUAUUAUUGAGCAGCGGUAGCAGGACUGAUGACCAUGGCACCGAGGAGCCAAAGCAGGACACUAACGUCAAAAAGGCAAAGAGGCCAAAGCCAGAAUCUCAGGGAAUCAAAGCCAAGAGGAAGCCAAGUGCAUCUUCCAAACCGUUGGUUGGAGAUGGAGAAGGUGCCGUCCUCUCCCCAAGUCAGAAACCUCAUAUCUGUGAUCACUGUAGCGCUGCUUUCCGGAGCUCCUAUCACCUGCGGAGACACGUCCUCAUUCACACGGGAGAAAGGCCUUUCCAGUGCAGCCAGUGUAGUAUGGGUUUCAUUCAGAAAUACCUACUGCAGAGACACGAGAAAAUUCACAGUAGAGAGAAACCCUUUGGGUGUGAUCAGUGCAGCAUGAAGUUUAUUCAGAAGUACCAUAUGGAGAGACACAAGAGGACGCAUAGUGGAGAAAAGCCAUAUAAGUGUGACACUUGCCAACAGUAUUUUUCAAGGACUGACAGAUUGCUGAAGCACAGGCGCACGUGUGGUGAAGCCAUAGCAAAAGGGGCCGCUAGUGCAGAAUCUGGGUCAUCCAACCAUAGUAAUAUGGGUAGUCUGGCUGUGCUGUCUCAGGGAAAUACAAGUUCUUCAAGGAGAAAAUCGAAGUCAAAAAGCAUAGCUAUUGAAAAUAAGGAACACAAGACUGGCAAAACAAAUGACUCACAAAUGUCAAACAAUAUAAACAUGCAGAGUUAUUCAGUAGAAAUGCCCACGGUGUCUACCAGUGGAGGCAUAAUUGGCACGGGAAUCGAUGAACUACAGAAAAGGGUGCCAAAAUUGAUCUUUAAGAAAGGAAGCAGAAAGAAUACAGAUAAAAGCUACCUUAAUUUUGUGUCUCCACUACCAGAUGUAGUUGGGCAGAAAUCCUUGUCUGGUAAACCAAGUGGCUCACUUGGCAUAGUCUCGAAUAAUAGUGUGGAGACCAUUGGUCUUCUCCAGAGUACAAGUGGCAAACAAGGUCAGAUAAGUAGUAAUUAUGAUGAUGCCAUGCAGUUUUCAAAGAAGAGAAGAUACUUACCAACUGCCAGCAGCAACAGUGCCUUUUCUAUAAACGUAGGACACAUGGUCUCCCAACAGUCAGUCAUUCAGUCUGCAGGUGUCAGUGUUUUGGACAAUGAGGCCCCAUUGUCACUUAUUGACUCCUCAGCUCUAAAUGCUGAAAUUAAGUCUUGUCAUGACAAGUCUGGAAUUCCUGAUGAGGUUUUACAAAGUAUUUUGGAUCAGUAUUCCAGCAAAUCAGAAACGCAGAAGGAGGAUCCCUUCAGUUUAACAGAGCCACGAGUGGAUUUACACACCUCAGAACACUCAGAAUUGGUUCAAGAAGAAAAUCUGAGCCCAGGCACCCAAACACCUUCAAAUGAUAAAACAAGCAUGUUACAAGAAUACUCCAAAUACCUCCAACAGGCUUUUGAAAAAUCCACUAACGCAAGUUUUACUCUUGGACACGGUUUCCAAUUUGUCAGUUUGUCUUCACCUCUCCACAACCACACUUUGUUUCCAGAAAAACAGAUAUACACUACAUCUCCUUUGGAGUGUGGUUUUGGCCAAUCUGUUACCUCAGUGUUGCCAUCUUCAUUGCCAAAGCCUCCUUUUGGGAUGUUGUUUGGAUCUCAACCAGGUCUUUAUUUAUCUGCUUUGGAUGCUACACAUCAGCAGUUGACACCUUCCCAGGAGCUGGAUGAUCUGAUAGAUUCUCAGAAGAACUUAGAGACAUCAUCAGCCUUCCAGUCCACAUCUCAGAAAUUGUCUAGCCAGAAGGAACAACAGAAAAAUUUAGAGUCCUCAACAAGCUUUCAGAUUCCAUCUCAGGAGUUAGCUAGCCAGAUCGAUCCUCAGAAAGACAUAGAGCCUAGAACAACGUACCAGAUUGAGAACUUUGCACAAGCAUUUGGUUCUCAGUUUAAGUCGGGCAGCAGGGUGCCAAUGACCUUUAUCACUAACUCUAAUGGAGAAGUGGACCAUAGAGUAAGGACUUCAGUGUCAGAUUUCUCAGGGUAUACAAAUAUGAUGUCUGAUGUAAGUGAGCCAUGUAGUACAAGAGUAAAGACACCCACCAGCCAGAGUUACAGGUAAGGUCUCAAGAGUGACCAGGCUGGGAGUCUUCUAAUGUAAUUUUGUUUUAUUUUGAGAACACUGCCAUUGGAAUGUUUCUACACGAUCCUAUUAAGAAUAAUGUAAUGCCCUUUCAAUGCAACUUUUCAUAUUUAGUUUAUUUUGUUAGUGUGAUUUUAGCUGUUUGUAUUAUGAUUUUUAAUCAAAAUCAAUAGAUUAAAAAUAGUUUGACAUUCAAAGUGACAAUGUUUAGCAAUCAAAUUUACAUGUAUAGAUUGUCAGGGAAUAGCCCAAAAGUUUUAAAUGCAAAAAAAACAAAAAAAAAACAAAAACUACAGGAAAAAAAAAAGAAAAGAAAAAAGAAAAAAAAAACUUUGUUGCUAGGAUUAAGGUUAUUCUAAUUGCUUUACUCUCAGGAAAGUGUAAUAACGCAUGGGAAUUCUGUACGUUAUCACCGUAAUGGAAUAUCCAAUUUACAAAUAGUAUGAUACACAUUUCACUGUUUAAGUUAAGGGAUCUUAAACAUUUCAGAUUUCUCCUUCCGGGCUGAUAGAAUAUACAUUUCAUCAUUUAAGUAAGGGAUCGAAAACAUUUCAAAUGCUAUCUCUGUCUGGGCUGAUCCAAAAUUCUGAGAUUGUUGGCUACCUAUAUUUUGUUGCAGCUUUUAAAUGUACUCCAAACUUCCAAACCCAUGUUCAUUCCAGCUUGGUAGAGCAAAUAUUCUUGGAUCUUUGAUCAAAGCCUGGAAUGAUAGCUUUAAUAAAAGAAAGGGGGGGGGGGGGAAGCACCCUCCUUAUCCAACUAUAACAAGGCUGUAAUUCCAUUAAGUGAUUCUGUUAAUGUCUAGCACAGUGUUAAAACCCAAGUGGUUGGUUGGUUUCAGUAUUAGAAAGUAAGUUGGAUUCGCGUAAUACAUUGAAAUUAGGGGUAUGCAUUAUUCAUUAUACAUGGCCUAAAAGCAUUCUCUCACUUGUGCUAUUACGUACCACCUUCACUUCUGGUUUUUUGGUACUUAUUCUUAACUUCCUCUUAAAGUUCUAGGCCUUCUUGUUCCUUCUCCCUGUCGUGAUGGUUUCAAUUUUAGAGUGAUUUGUCAUCUAGUAGAUGGUUGAUUAUGCAUUUUAUAUGUCUUAUGGCAUCUAAAUACUAAACAAUAGUAUUUAGUUUAUUCACCUUUUUUUUUUUAAGAAAACAAGCCCAAUACAGAUUUCCAUGUACAAGCUAUAGAUAUUAAAGGGUUGUAAUUCCACCUGGUAACAUAGCUUGUGUAACAGAUAAGAGUAUAUAUUUACUAGUGACAUCAGAACUCUUUGUGAGAUUGCAGCCUUUAAUGUACAUUUUGAAGGGGUGUAUUAGUCAGUAUUGUACAGGGAUCUUGUAAAGUCAUCAAAACUUGCUAUGAACGCUAAUUGCCAUUUGAAGCUACUGAUAGGCAGUGGCUCUGCUCUAAACCACUUUUUAGCAAUUGUAUUUUUUUCCUGAUUAUAUUUUUUAAUGUACUUUGAUGUUUAUGCUGAUGAGUUUUUUAUGUACUUUUGGUGAUGUUUCAGUCUUAUGAACUCUUCUGACGUCAGAAAAGUACCACUGGUUGUUUGCAGUCUUAUUGUGUAAUCAGCCUACCACAGGCUUCCGUGUAUAAUAAAGUAAUUAAUAUUGUGCAAGUGUAAAACACUUCUGUUAUAAAAGCAGUGUUUUGAAAAUAAGAAAUUAUUAAAAAAUGGUUACAAAAUACUAGUUAAUUCCCUUUUCCCACCUUCCUUUGGCUUUAGUUAGCUAAAGGGUACCAACUUGUCAUUGAAAGAUUCUUAGAAAAUGUGUUUAAUUCUUUUAAUACACUCAGUACUAAAAUGUCUGUAUGUCUUAUUAAGUGCAGUAAGUUCUAUUGGGUACAGAGACAAGUGUGAUCAAAGGAUGGCGAGGACCUUUACCCCUGUAUCUCUUAAGCUGUAUGAUUUCUCUCUCGCUCGCUUUUGUUUUAUACAGGUUUUGAAUUUCUUUAACUUUUAUUGUGUGUACUGAAUACUACAUAUGUAUUAUUCUGAUUGUUUGCUCUAGUUUACUACCAAUAAAAGUCCUGUUAAUCACAAAAUUGAAGAAAGGAGAUAUCACUUAGUCAUAUUUUUCAGUUUUCUGUGGAUUACAUUUCAUAAACUAGUCGCAUUAAUGGUAUAAAUUGUAAGUUAGGAGCUUGCAUUUUUAUUGUAUUUUUAAUGUAUUUUGUCUUUCUAGGUUUAUAUGAAAAUGCAUUGACUAUUUUGUUUGAGGUGCACAAUAAUAUAAGGAAUAGAAAUCUAAUAUGUAAAUUAAUACUAUAUUGAUACUAGUUUAACCAUCCUAAAUAUUAUCCUAGGGAGAUAUUUAUUGAGGCUUUAUUUAAAAUCAUAACGCAAUAUUUUGGCUCAAGGUGUUAUAUAUCCUUUUGCCUCAAAGGGUUAUAAUAAAAUUACAGAAUGAUGGAUUAAAAUGGUCUUCAGCAUUUUUAGUAAGAAAAAAGCUAAAUUGCAGCUAACAUGUCAAGAAAUUGAGAGCGUAGGUAUUAGAAGGAAAAGGUGAAAUUGUAAUAUAGAAGAUGCAGUAAAGGUAUUUGAAGUAAAUACUAACUUUAAAUGAUAAAAGAAACUGACUAUGGUGACCAUGCCCUUAGUCCCAGCACUGGGGAGGCAGAGGCAGUUACAACCAGACUGGUCUACAAACAGUUUCAGGCCAGCCAGGGCCACAAUGGGACCUUGUCUAAAAGAAAAAGUUGCACGUCUUUUGAGGUGUUUAGAAAACUGUAGGUUUAGUGGCAGGGAUAUUGACGGACUAGGAGUGAGCAUACUGAAGGGUAGUAGAAUGCUCUGAGGCUGUGCGUAUGUGUGUGAUGAUACGUAAGUAUCGUAUCAUAUAUCAUAGUAAAGGUAAGCAUGGACCUUUGCGAUUAGAAGGCAGGAUAGUUUGUUUUGCCAUAGUUACUCCCACACUGUUUCUUGGAGUCAAGUACUAAACAGAAGGAAGUUUCACUCAGUCUAAGAUGACUGCAGUUACUUGAUUCCCUGAAGAGCUUGUUUUUGCUCAAACAGAUAAGAAUUUUAAAACCCGCUUACCUGCCUUUUUGUUUUCCUUUUAUGGAAUAUAUACAGAUAUUAUUUUAGUCAACGGAUUUUGUUUUUAAGGCAUGAGACCAUGUAUGGCUAGGAAUAUAGGUAGUUCAGAUGAUAGAGUUCUUCCCAGCAUGCACAAGGCCCCUGGGUUUUAUCCCUCAAACUGAGUUAGCCAGCUCUGCCUGAUGAACACUGGGGAGGUGGAGGCAGAUGGAUAAGAAGUUAAGGGUCAUCUCUGGCUACCUGAUGAAGUCUGAGGCCAGCCUGAGCUACAUGAGACCGUGUCUCGAAGAGAGGCAUUAGGUGUAAGGUGGUGAGUACUGCGGUGGGUUUCUGUUGAGAUUCGUAUACAGUGGGGACUGCUCUUCAGCAGUUACUGAUCAGUAAUUUGAGGUAAUUUUAUGACAACAGAAUGUGCUUAAAUUUUUAAGUAUUGCAAGCAUACAAAUAUCUACCUCAGAUUUCAUGUAUUGCACUAACAUUAGACAGACGUUCUUGUCCACUUUAAUAUUGUUUUCAUCCCUGAUAAUCAGCAUUUUAUAAUUAGGUUUAGUGACUUUUAAGCCUGACUGGGUGACUAUUUGAGUUGCUAACCUUAUGUAUAAACCUUAGCCUCUAAACUCAUAGGUUCUUGUUGAACAGAACUUCCCUGAAGAGAGAAGGGGAAAAAGAAAUCUUAACUACAAACUAUUUUUAGAGUAAAACAUUCCAAAGGCUAUCAUUUUCUGCAUUUCAUGGUCUUCAUGGUCUCGGCAGAUACAGACCAACUCUAGCUAGUUCUCAGGACACAGGGCAGGACUGUACUGAGAUGGGUCUCUAGCUGCUGGAGCUGCUCUCCGCGGUGUCGGGGUCUGGGCAGCUGAUUAUCUGCUUGUGCCCUCUGAGAUGCUAGAGUUCCUGAUGGAUUUUUAGGGGAAUUAUGUUAUUUUUUAUGUCCUUAAUUUAUUACUUGGAAUGCACAGCAUUAAAGAUAGCGCCUUGGGAUUCUGUUGUCUUACCCUUGAUUUAAAAAAAAAAUAGGGAAUUUGAGACUACUUAGUUUUAAUCAAGACAUUGCCUUUAUGAGAUCACAUACUUUUAAAAUUCUGCUUUGCUUUUUGUUUUGCUUCAAAAUAUAUUUAAGUGUGACUGGCUGGCGUAGGUUCUAAUUUUUGUUUUGUCUUUUGAGACAGGGUUUCUCUGUGUAGCCCUGGCUGGCCCGGAACUCCGUAGACUAGGCUGGCCUGGAAGGAUUCUAAAUUACUAACUUUCUAGCUUAUGCAGUGAAAUACUGUCUAAGAGUUUGGGGUUCACAGAUUGGGCACUUGAUAGACUCAGAGCCUCCCUGACUGCACAUUAGUGGAAGUACAUCUACACAAAAUAGUUUGCAAGUCAGUCAACAAGCACAUAUCUUACAUCUUACAUAUGGACACCUAUUAAGAAUUCCUUCCUUAGAAGAUGCCUAUAUUCUGAAAUUUAUUGUACAAAUAAAAGAUUAAUGCCUGAAAUGUA